GCACUACAAUUUGUCUUGAGCCGGCAAGCCACCGGCCCAUCAAUUCCGUUUUCAGUUAUGUUUGGAUGCUGGACGGAUUCAAUCGAACGAUCAUCUGAAGCACAAGAGAGAAGCAUGUUCUACUUGCAUCCCGCCCUGAUAUGGGCUAUCGCGUUGUGCUGCUUGUGCGCACUGCUUUACUUCUGCACAUUUGCGUUCUACUUAAAGGGCGUUAAGGGAUCCAUCAAGCAAAUGAUCAGCUUGGUUCCGAUGGCAGAUCUGAGUCCAAAAUUGCACUCGACGGCGGUCAGUGUUUUUGUUAUCGAUGUGGAAUCAGGGCGCAAUCAGGAGCGCCACGUGUACAACAAGAGCGCAACUUUGAAUUUGGAUGCUUUGGCGAAAGAAGGUUUCAUGUCUCUUGGCGAAACCGAUGCUGAUUUACUGGAAAAGACUGAUAGUUUAACUAAUUUGUUGGUGUGUGAUGGAAAGAAUUAGAAUUUCCGCGAUCAAUAAAACGCUAGAAGAAAGCUCUGAGUAAUGAAUAUCAUUCUAAUUAUAUUGGGGAGAAUUAGGUCGUGUUUACAAACUUGGUUGACGUUUUCUAAAAAAAAGCAAAACUGUGCUUCUUUGUGGAUCACCGUUCCCCCUGGAUCUUGGUCUGCCCAUCUUCAACUUUGCGU